GGGAAAUAUCGCUCAAAGGAAGACAUGAAACUGCUACAGGAAAAUAUCAAAAAAAGAGAAAAAGCCACCAAAAUAGGAGCGCAAGACAAUAACUAAAACACUACACACGGGAAAACAGCAAAAAACUCAAAAUAAGUCACGGCGUGAUGUAACAGGUGGUGACAGUACACCUACUUUGAGACAAGAGCUAUAUUAAUGCAUGGUUGGUUAUGCUUUAAAGUCAUAUCCAAAAAUUGUGACAACGUUUUACUGUCAACUGAGUUUAGUUUUUUUAAUGAUUUCUGCUGGUGGUGUGUCACCGGAUUUUUUCAACGCAAAAAAUGUGCCAUAGGUUAAAAGAUAGCACAAGAGAAAACGAUAACACAAGGUUAAAAGAUAACGCAAGAGAAAACGAGCAAACACAACACAACACAAACAGAGCACGAUAAAAAAAAAAAUAUAUUAAAAUAAUUGACUCAGGUGAAAAUUUGGGGUCCACGGCACGAUCGUGUUAUAUAGAACCGAAUGCACUAUAUCGACCUUUAAGGCAGUGUUUUUCAAUCACAUUUAUGCAGAUAUUCGCCUGACAACUCUCAUUAUUAUUAUUAUUUUUUUGUAUUAAUGAUAAUAAUCAUUAUACUAAUAGUAGUAGUAGCAGUAGUAUAGAAAAAUAUCAACAUAGGAAAAAAGAAACAAUGAAUAAAAAAAAAAUCAUGCACCUUUUAUCCUUAUUCUUAAUGCACCACCAUGUACAUUUGAGCAUAAACAUAUUUAGAGGAAAUUAUUAUCAUACAAUGGCAAAAACUAACAACUGACUCCAUAUGCCCACACAUUGGAAUGUUAGUGCACCCACUGAUAUGUCCCUUUAAAAGUGGGCAUGUCAUUGAAGUCGCCCCCUGCUGUCUGCUAGAAGUACAUUGUUUUAAAAGGGUUUUAACCUGUCAAAUUUGGAGUAAUCUAAGAAUAUCCUCUUUAAUUUGUAUUCAUAUAUUGCUCAUUAGAGUAAUUAAUACUGCUAUAUCAUCCCAGUAUACAAAAUAAAUCCCAAAUGCAUGAAUAAAUUAAUGAAUGGCUUGAAAGGAGACACAUUCCUGCUGGGAGUUUAUCCGGGGGGAGUUUUAGUGUAUUAGUGGGAGUGUGUGAGUGUGUGUGUGUGUGUGUGUGUGUGUGUGUGUGUGUGUGUGUGUGUGUGUGUGUGUGUGUGUGUGUGUGUGUGUGUGUGUGUGUGUGUGUGUGUGUGACGUCACCAUGCAUACACACUCCACAGUGAGUAAGAGAGUGUGUGAGUGUGUGUGGAGGGGGGCGUGCAAAAGCAAGCAGGCAGGCAAAGCGAGCACUUUGCAGCCACAGUCUCGCCACGUUCACGCUCAAUGGAGAGCCAGGACAUAGACGGACCCCACACAUCCCACACGCCAGAGACUACCCUUACUCUAAAUAAAAUCAAACAGAAGAAAACACAACAACAGAAGAAAAGGAGGGACUAAGAAUAGCGGAUUUUUUCCUCCCCUCUCUCUCUCUGUUCCAUGCGUUUCCACGGUUUGGCAGUCGAUUGUCAUUGCUGGAUUAAAAAAAAAAACAAGGAAGAAAAGUGACGACUUUUAAAAGUGAAACGCAACAAUGCUGAUAAGGCUGUGACUAGACCCUGCAUCUGAGGACUCAGACCAGGACUGACUCACAGGGCUCUCUCUGUGAGCCAGCGCCACCGAGGCUGCCAAAGCAUGCUAGUGCCAAGCUGUGCCACCAUGCCCACAGCCAGACCAGCAACGCUGCUGCUACAGCUGCUGCUAGCCACGGGUCUCAUCCUGCACCUUGCCGACGCUCAAACACCGCCAAAAUUUUUAAGAACCCCCAAUGACCAAACAGGCGUCCAAGGGGGCGUGGCCUCGUUCAUUUGCCAAGCCACGGGAGAUCCGCGGCCGAAGAUUGUAUGGAACAAGAAGGGGAAGAAAGUGAGCAACCAGCGAUUCGAGGUAGUGAUCGAGUUUGACGACGGCUCUGGUUCGGUUCUACGCAUCCAGCCACUUCGUACACCUCGCGACGAAGCCAUCUACGAAUGUGUUGCCUCCAACAGCGUUGGCGAGACGAGCGCCACCACACGCCUCACUGUUUUACGCGAGGACCAGCUGCCUCCUGGUUUCCCCACCAUAGACAUGGGCCCUCAGCUCAAAGUGGUAGAGCGAACUCGUACAGCCACCAUGCUCUGUGCCGCCAGUGGCAACCCAGACCCCGACAUCUCCUGGUUUAAAGACUUCCUUCCUGUCAAUACCACCAGCAACAACGGGCGCAUUAAACAGCUGCGAUCAGAAUCCUUUGGUGGUACGCCAAUACGAGGCGCCCUUCAGAUCGAGCAGAGCGAGGAGUCUGAUCAGGGAAAGUACGAAUGUGUGGCGACCAACAAUGAUGGAACGCGCUACUCUGCACCGGCCAACCUUUAUGUCCGAGAACUCCGAGAAGUGCGCCGCGUCCCACCGCGCUUCUCCAUCCCGCCCACGGACAAUGAGAUAAUGCCGGGCGGCAGCGUCAACAUCACAUGCGUGGCGGUGGGCUCGCCUAUGCCAUAUGUGAAGUGGAUGCUCGGCGCUGAGGACCUAACCCCGGAGGACGACAUGCCCAUCGGACGCAAUGUCUUGGAGUUGACGGAUGUGCGACAGUCGGCCAACUACACAUGUGUGGCCAUGUCCACGCUGGGCGUCAUCGAGGCGGUGGCACAGAUUACAGUCAAAGCGUUACCCAAGACUCCAGGCACCCCUGUGGUGACCGAGCGUACUGCCACUAGCAUCACACUUACAUGGGAUUCCGGUAACCCCGAACCGGUGUCGUACUACAUCAUCCAACACAAGUCCAAGUACUCAGAGGACUCCUAUAAAGAGAUCGACGGGGUGGCGACCACCCGCUACAGCGUAGGCGGUCUAAGCCCCUACUCGGACUAUGAGUUCCGCGUGGUGGCGGUUAACAACAUCGGGAGAGGGCCGCCAAGUGAGGGCAUUGAGGCUAAAACAGCCGAGCAGGCGCCCAGCACGGCCCCGCGGCGAGUCCGGGGGCAAAUGCUGAGCGCCACAACGGCCGUCAUCAACUGGGAGGAACCGGAAGAAGCCAACGGGCAGAUUAUGGGCUACAGGAUCUACUACACUUUGGAUUCCGCGCAGCACGUCAACCUCUGGGAUAAACAGAUUGUAAGAGGGGCUAACUUUGUCACAAUUCAGGGCCUUAUUCCAAAUAAAACCUACUACAUCAAGGUUUUAGCCUACACCUCAGUCGGAGACGGACCACUUUCCCCAGAUCUUCAGAUCAUUGCAAAGACAGGAGUUCCUGCCCAACCAACAGAUUUCAAGGGUGAAGCUAAGUCAGAAACCAGUAUUCUGCUUUCGUGGGUGGCACCGGUCCAAACGGGACAGGAGAACCAAAUAACAGGAUACGAUCUUAUGUACAAGAAGAGGGACGAUAAAGAUGAGAAGCGCAUCAGCUUUGAGCCGACAUCCACAUACCUCAUGAAAGACUUGAAGCCAUUUACGACUUACAGCUUCCGUCUGGCGGCACGUAGCAAACACGGUGUGGGCGCUUACACCAGUGAAAUAUCCGCGGAAACGCCACAAACACAACCCUCCGGACCGCCAACAGAUGUCAAGUGCUAUAGCCCUACAUCCACUAGUAUCCUGGUAAGUUGGCAAGCGCCGACAAUGGAAUCGCAGAACGGCAUCAUCACUCGAUACAGCAUCCAGUACACAGCCAACGAAGGUGGAGAGGAUAAUGCCGGUGCCGGACGUGUCGCUGACAACAUCCCGCCGGAAAGCACCCAGUACCUUUUGGAAAACCUGGAAAAAUGGACAGAGUACCGUGUGACAGUUACUGCACAUACUGACGCAGGAGCAGGACCGGGAAGUGUGCUGCAAGUCAUCCGCACAGAGGAGGAUGUUCCUAGCGGGCCACCUCGCAAAGUCGAGGUGGAAGCUGUCAACUCGUCGUCAAUUAAAGUCAUCUGGCGCUCGCCCAUGCCCACCAAGCAGCACGGUCAGAUCCGAGGGUACCAGGUGCACUAUGUCAGGAUGGUUAAUGGCGAGCCCACAGGACAGCCCGUCAUCAAGGACAUUCUGAUUGAUGAUGCCCAGUGGGAAUAUGAUGACACAACUGAACAUGAAAUGGUCGUCUCAGAGCUGCAGGCCGAGACCACAUAUUCGGUGACUGUGGCGGCAUACACAACAAAAGGCGAUGGCGCACGCAGCAAGCCCAAACUGGUCACGACCACUGGUGCAGUUCCUGACAAACCUCGACUAAUGGUCAGUACCACCAACAUGGGCACGGCUCUCCUCCAGUGGCAUCCUCCAGCAGUCACCCACGGACCCCUGCAAGGUUACCGCCUCCGUUUUGGGCGUAAAGAUUUAGAACCCCUGACUGUCAUCGAGUUCCCCGAGCGGGAUAACCACUACACCACCAGAGAGAUCCACAAGGGUGCCUCAUACACUUUUCGGCUUUCUGCGCGCAACAAGGUGGGCUUUGGUGAAGAAACGGUAAAGGAGGUGACGACAAACGAGGAUGUGCCGAGUGGUUACCCCCAAUGGAUCGCCGCGGACGGCGCCACCACUUCCACCAUCCAGGUCAGCUGGCAACCUCUUCUCCUGGCGGAGCGCAAUGGCCAGAUAGUCAAGUACGCUCUGCAGUAUAAAGACAUCAACAGCCCACGAAGUCCCUCAGAACUCUUCAUCACUGCUCCGGAAUCAACUGUGGUCUUGGAUGGCCUUAAGGCAGAUACCACUUAUGAUAUUAAAAUGUGUGCCUUCACCAGCAAAGGUUCUGGUCCCUAUAGCCCAAGUGUCCAAAUUAGGACACAGCCUUUGGAUCAAGCAGUGUUUGCAAAGAAUUUCCAUGUGAGAGCUGCCAUGAAGACAUCCGUGCUGUUGACAUGGGAAAUCCCGGACACCUACAACGCAGGUCAGCCAUUCACGAUCCUGUACGAUAACGGCCAAAGCGUGGAGGUAGACGGCAAGCUGGCACAGAAGCUAAUCACAGGGCUACAACCGGAAACGCAGUACUCCUUUCUAUUGACCAACCGCGGGAACAGCGCCGGUGGCCUGCAGCACCGUGUGUCCACCAUGACAGCGCCGGACAUCCUCCGCACUAAGCCCUACCUGAUAGGCAAAACCAACAUAGACGGCAUGGUGACCGUGGAGUUGCCCUCUGUGCAGACGUCAGAGAAAGUGCGGGCAUAUUAUAUUGUGGUGGUGCCACUGAAAAAGCAGCAGCGAACUGGCAAGUUCUUCAAACCCUGGGACAAUCCGGACGAGAUGAAUUUAGAAGAGCUGCUGCAGGAGAUAAACCGCACCAGCCGAGGCCUUCGUCUCCGCAGGCAGGCUGAGCCCAAAGCGUACGUCGCCGCCUACUUCUCAGACCUGCCCAAAGAGUUCACGUUGGGCGACGGCAAGUUCUAUGGAGACUUUGAAAACAAGCGGCUGCAAAGUGGACAGGAGUACAUCUUCUUUGUGCUCGCCGCUCUGGACAUGUCCGAGAAUGUCAUGUAUGCCACCAGCCCGUAUUCCGACCCCGUGGUUUCAGCCGAUAUCGACCCUCAGCCGAUCAUCGACGAGGAGGAGGGUCUCAUAUGGGUGGUUGGCCCCGUCCUAGCCGUGGUCUUCAUCAUCUGCAUCGUCAUCGCCAUCCUGCUGUACAAAAGCAGCAAACCAGACAGGAAAAGGGCUGAAUCCGAAGCGAGAAAAGGCAGCCUGCCCAACAGCAAGGAGAUGCCCCUGCAUCAUCCCACCGACCCCGUAGAACUACGCCGCCUCAACUUCCAAACACCCGGUUCGCGUGCGUGCGGUCACCCAAGUAGCCUCCAUUUGUCAAGUAUGGCGAGCCACCCCCCAAUCCCCGUCAUGGACCUGGCGGAUCAUCUGGAACACCUGAAAGCCAACGACAACCUCAAGUUCUCCCAGGAGUACGAGUCCAUCGACCCCGGACAGCAGUUCACCUGGGAACAUUCCAACCUGGAGGUCAACAAGCCAAAGAAUAGAUACGCCAACGUCAUCGCCUACGACCACUCGCGAGUCCUACUCUCUGCAAUUGACGGUAUUCCGGGUAGUGACUACAUCAACGCCAACUAUAUUGACGGCUACAGGAAACAGAACGCCUACAUCGCCACUCAGGGUUCCCUGCCAGAGACGUUCGGGGAAUUCUGGAGGAUGAUCUGGGAACAGAGGAGUGCCAUCAUUGUCAUGAUGACCAAACUGGAGGAAAGAUCCAGGGUAAAGUGUGAUCAAUACUGGCCAACGCGAGGGACGGAAACGUACGGCCUCAUCCAAGUGACACUGCUCGAUACGGUGGAGUUAGCCACAUACUGCGUGCGAACAUUUGCACUUUUUAAAAAUGGCUCCAGCGAGAAGCGGGAGGUCAGGCAGUUCCAGUUCACGGCUUGGCCGGACCACGGGGUGCCUGAACACCCCACGCCGUUCCUGGCCUUCUUGAGGCGGGUGAAAGCCUGCAACCCUCCAGACGCGGGGCCCAUGGUGGUGCACUGCAGUGCCGGCGUGGGUCGCACGGGUUGCUUCAUCGUCAUUGACGCCAUGAUGGAGCGCAUCAAGCAUGAGAAGACGGCGGACAUUUACGGCCACGUGACGCUGAUGCGCGCCCAGCGGAACUACAUGGUGCAGACCGAGGACCAGUACGUUUUCAUCCACGACGCGCUGCAGGAGGCCAUCAACUGCGGCACCACCGAAGUGCCCGCCAGGAACCUCUUUGCCUACAUUCAGAAACUGACGCAGAUAGAGGGCGGGGAGAAUGUAACCGGCAUGGAACUAGAGUUCAAGCGCUUAGCAAACACUAAAGCCCACACCUCGCGAUUCAUCAGUGCCAACCUACCGUGCAACAAGUUCAAGAACCGCCUUGUCAACAUAAUGCCAUACGAGUCCACGAGAGUGUGUCUCCAGCCCAUUCGAGGCGUGGAGGGCUCCGACUACAUCAAUGCUAGUUUCAUUGAUGGCUACAGGCAACAGAAAGCCUACAUUGCCACGCAGGGCCCCUUGGCAGAAACCACAGAAGACUUCUGGAGAAUGCUGUGGGAGCACAACUCCACGAUUGUUGUCAUGCUAACCAAGCUCAGAGAAAUGGGCAGGGAAAAAUGCCACCAGUAUUGGCCUGCAGAGAGGUCAGCUCGGUACCAGUACUUUGUGGUGGACCCUAUGGCCGAGUACAAUAUGCCACAAUACAUCCUUAGAGAGUUUAAAGUGACCGAUGCAAGGGACGGCCAGUCACGAACGGUGCGGCAGUUCCAGUUCACAGACUGGCCCGAGCAAGGAGUGCCAAAAUCCGGGGAGGGCUUUAUCGACUUUAUCGGCCAAGUACAUAAAACUAAAGAGCAGUUUGGCCAAGAUGGGCCUAUUUCAGUCCAUUGUAGCGCCGGCGUCGGUCGAACCGGCGUUUUCAUCACCCUCAGCAUUGCCUUGGAGCGAAUGAGAUACGAGGGCGUCGUCGACAUCUUUCAGACGGUGAAGAUGUUGCGGACGCAAAGGCCGGCCAUGGUGCAAACGGAGGAUCAAUACCAGUUCUGCUACAGAGCGGGAUUAGAGUACUUGGGAAGCUUUGAUCACUAUGCAACGUAAAAAGAUCCCCCCGCCGCUCCCCCUGCCCAACAUUUCGAGGGAAAAUGUGGCAAGGAGAAGGAGGAGAAAAAACCCCAGUUGCGCCUCUCUUCUGAGCCAUAAAUGAACUGCUUGAGAACGUACGAACUCCUUGCUAACAACUCAUAAAGUGUGCCGUCAAGAAGAAAGAAAACUAUGAAAAACGUCAACAACAAAAAAAAAGCAAAGGACCAAGUAUGAACUCCACCAAGUGAUGGACCAUUGAAGCAUCCUUUUGCUUCAAGGAUUUAUUUGGGAGUAAAAAAAACAAACAAACAAAAAAAACAAACAAGGAGAGACAUCGGAGGACAUUGUAAAGAAUAACA